AUGGAGCGAGGCCUAACUUCGACUCCUCUAACUUCUUCCGCUCCAUCCACAUCCGCUCCUUCCUCCGUGGGUAGUGUGACCCUCGAGGUGGUCAUGGCACAGUUUCAACGCAUAGAUGCUCGCCUUAAUACACUCACUACUGAGAUGUAUCAGGCUCACCUUGGUGGCUUCGUAGAGUCUCCUUCUCCUUCUCCCGAGCCAUCUGAGGACGAGGACGAUGAUAGUGACUCCGGUAAUGAUGUUGAUGUUACUGCUAAUGAGGAUGCUAGCUCUUCCGAUCACUAUUAUCAUCACUUUUAUUAUAUAUCAAUCAUAACUUACAACCUCGACAGCUGUGAAAGAAAUUGUGAAAUUUAUCGUGUAUAUAUAUGCUUAAUUAUUUAUCUCUCUAUAGAAUCCCAUAAGCGCACUUCCCUCCCCUUAAAUACCUUUAACACCUAUGACAUAACUUUCAAACAAGUUCCAUAUCCCAUCAACAAUUUGAGAAAAGUUUCAAGUUUCAGACUUUCAGCCAUGUCUAUCACAGCACUUUCAGACCCAGAUAAGUUUUACAAGAAAGCUUUCCACCGAAGGAAUGAUUCUGGUGAGCUUCAUGUGUUUGAGGCUGCAAGGUACUUCUCUGGAUACAAUGAAGCUGUUGAAGGCUACAACAGUGCAGCUUUUACUCAGAAAAUUACGAGAGAAGAGAGGCUACAAGGUUACAAAGGAGGUAGAAUGAGCUUAGAUGUGCCAAUGAGAAACUCAAACUCUCUUCCUCAACAAUCUCAUCAUGGAGUACAAGUACUGGAAAAGCAAAUGAUCAUGAAAGAAAAGAAGUACAAGCAACCAAGCUCUCCAGGUGGGAGGCUAGCUAGUUUCUUGAACUCACUUUUCAGUCAAUCAGCUUCCAAGAAGAAGAAAUCAAAAUCCACCACACAGUCUAUGAAAGAUGAAGAGGAAAGCCCUGGUGGAAGAAGGAAAAGGAGGAUUAGCAUUAGUCAUUUUAGAAGCUCAAGUACUGCGGAUUCCAAGUCCAUAUACUCUUCUUCAAGUUCAGGUUUUAGAACACCUCCUCCAUAUGCACAAACUCCUACUAAGAGCUACAAGGAUUUAAGAAGCUAUUCAGAUCAUAAACAUGUGGUUUCUUUGCCAAAGUACAAUAAUGAUGGACAGGUAAGAUCCACAUCCUUGCACAAUGAGGUCUUGGAUGAUCAGAAAUUCAAACUGAGCAAUGGGAUUUCAGAGAAAUGCAAGAAUCUUGGUAAUGGGUUUUCACAGAAAGAUAGGAUUUGGUUGGAAAAAUGUCCAUCAGAUGAAAAGGAUUUCAGGAAGUUCAGUGAGGUAGAUGAUGGUGCAGAAAGUGAUUCAAGCUCUGAUCUUUUUGAGUUGCAAAACUAUGACUUGGGUUACUACUCAAGUGGUUUGCCUGUCUAUGAAACUACCAACAUGGAUAGCAUCAAGAGAGGAGCACCAAUUUCCAAUGGUCCUCUAUGAUAUACUGUAUAUUUCCCCCUUGUUGUUUGGUUGUUACUUCUUGUUGAUGUUUAGAAGCUGUGAGAAAGAAAAUCUACUAGAUUUUGCUGCUGCUUCUUCCUUCUUUUUUUUUUUACUCUUAUCUUCUUUGAAAGUUUUUGCAGUGCUUUUUUGCUGUAUGUACAGUUUGGAAUGUUUGUUUGUCCUUCAUUUUUUUUUUUUUUUCCUUUGCUUUUCUGGCUAUGUUAUGGAGUGCAAGAACAUCAAAAGUCCAACAUUGGAGUGCCAUGACUAGAGAUUUCCACUAAUUAACAGAGAAACAAGACAUCAUCACCCCAUGUGGAUUGCAUCUCUUAAUCUUUUUGACUU